AUGUUCUUUGACAGCGUCCAGCAGGGUCCGCCCGAUAUCAUGUACCAUCUCAAGGUACAGGCGGACGGCGAUACCAGUCCCAACAAGGUUGACCUUGGCGUCGGCAUCUACCGCAACGAAAAGGGCGCUUACCAUGAGCUCAAGGCCCUCAGAGAUUAUGAAGUUACGACGGGAAACAGCAAAUAUUUACAACUUGCAGCAGCCUUAGUAUUUGGAAAGAACUCCCAACUUGUGGCUUCUAGCCAGGUCGCAUCAGUACAGACGAUAUCUGGCACCGGAUCCAUCCACGUCGCCCUCAUGUUCCUCUCGCACUCGGUCCCCGGCAAGAAGAGAACCGUUUACGUCGGUACACCUGCAUGGGGCAACUACGAGCCCAUGACGAAGCUUGCCGGACUUGACUUCCAAUCAUACAAGCACUAUUCUCCCGAGACCGGUGGGGUGGAUUGGGAGAGCGUAACCGAGGCUGCCUCCAGCGCGCCCCAGGGAAGCAUAUUCGUUCUCCAGGCAUGCUGCCAUAAUCCCACUGCCGCAGACUUCUCCGAGGAGCAGUGGCGGGACUUGGCUACUAUCAUGAAGAGACGGCAGCUGAUCCCGCUCUUUGACAUUGCCUACCAAGGCCUAGGAAAUGGCUUGGAGAAGGACAUUUACUGCGUCCGCCACUUCGCGCAGGAGGGCCUCGAGAUGCUUGUCUGCCAGUCCUUCUCCAAGAACUUUGGCCUCUACGGCGAGAGAGUCGGAGCACUCCAUGCAGUCGCCCUAACGCAGAAAGCCGCCAUGGCAAUUCAUGACCAGCUUCGCUUCUUGAUCCGAUCAGAAUUCUCGUCAUCCCCUGCAUUUGGUGCCCGACUGGUCACUCAUGUGCUUUCCGAUUCCAGUCUAGAAGCUUCCUGGAAUGAAGAGCUCAACGACCUUCGUCAACGGCUCCACACUCUCCGCGCCAAGCUCUUCGACCUGCUGAGCAACGUUUACAAGAAUCUAUAUACUGAAAAAAUCACAGACUCCCGGAGAUUGGAGUGUAAUUACCAAAGGAACUGGGCUUUUUUGGUAGGACGUCCUUGGCGAGCUCUUGUCACGAGUCGUGAUGCUAACCGCUGCAGUCUGCUGCCUCUUUCCCCUCAGCAGUGCCAGGAAUUGAAGAACGAGUACCACAUAUACAUGGUGCCAAAUGGCCGCAUAACGAUACCAGGGCUCAAUGCAAAGAAUAUAGAGUAUGUGGCGAAAAGUAUCAACUCGGUGGUUAGAGACACUCAAACGCAUGCUGGCAAUCAGCCUGUAGGAGGUAGACAAUAG